AUGGUCCAUAGACAAUCCAAAACUGCCAAAAGAAGAACUUCCCAAAAUGGGAUGAGAAAGAUUGAGUCAGAAGUGUUUUCAGACUCUAAGGCUUCCAACCUCCUUAUAAACAAACCGAAUUUGACAGAAAAAUCCAAAGUUAGGAAACCCUCGAAAUCCCAGGUGAAAAAAGAACAAUCCAAAGCUCGUCUUUAUGGUACCAAGAAAAAGGAGAGAGAAUAUACAGAAAAAGAGUUGCAUAUUCCAACCCUCAAUACUACCGUGGUGGCAGGAAAGAAGAUAAAGAAUGGUAAGAAGGGUAAGAAGUUUGUGAAUGAUCACGAUAGCUUAUUACUCAAUAGAAUCAUUAAGUCCAUUAAUGACAAGAAUGAUUUGGCCAAUGAAAGUAAAUUAGAAAAAGCCCAGCGAUUGGAGGAAUUGCGUGAAUUGAAGAGAAAAGAAAUCGAGCGGAAGGAAAAGAACAAGCAGGAUGCUGUGGACGAAAAGAAGAAUGAGUUGAAAUCGAAAGCUUCUGCCGCAAGACUGGCUAGAAGAAAGAGAUCUAAGCAAGAAAAAGUUGCUGCUGCCACCGAAGAGCCCCAGGAAACUGAAACACCUAAGAAGAAGAAAUCUGUUUCGUUUGCUUGA